UUGACCGACAAAAAAAAAGAAAACACCUUGCCAACGUACCUUUGUCCUCCACUCUCGUCUUUCAAAAUUCCCCGCCACCGUUCCCUUUUUCCGUCGCCGAGCUUCGCUGAAUCAGCUUUUGCAUUCACACUCACUGUCAUAUUUUACAUAACUUGAACCCAGGUUUAAAUAGUUGCAACUAUCAGUAUGAGUGACUUAUCAAGGGAGGAUUUUAGUAAUACACUUCGAAUACUUGUUGCUACGGAUUGUCAUCUGGGCUAUAUGGAGAAGGAUGAAAUACGGCGGCAUGAUUCUUUCCAGGCAUUUGAUGAGAUAUGCUCAAUAGCAGAACAAAAGAAUGUGGAUUUUGUGCUUCUCGGUGGUGAUUUGUUCCAUGAGAAUAAGCCCUCAAGGUCAACUCUAGUUAAGGCCAUUGAGAUUCUUCGCCGUCAUUGCAUGAGUGAUCAGCCAGUGCAGUUCCAAGUUGUUAGCGACCAGACUGUGAAUUUUGCAAAUACAUUUGGCCAUGUAAAUUAUGAAGAUCCUCACUUCAAUGUUGGCUUGCCAGUGUUUAGUAUUCAUGGAAAUCAUGACGAUCCUGCUGGAGUGGAUAAUCUCUCCGCUGUUGAUAUUCUCUCAGCUUGCAAUCUUGUAAACUAUUUUGGGAAAAUGGUUCUUGGGGGUUCUGGUGUUGGUCAGAUCACUGUGUAUCCUAUCCUUAUGAGGAAGGGUGCAACAGCUGUGGCUCUCUAUGGUCUUGGGAACAUCAGAGAUGAGAGACUCAAUAGAAUGUUUCAGACACCACAUGCUGUACAAUGGAUGAGACCUGAAUCUCAAGAAGGGUUGCAAGUGUCAGACUGGUUCAACAUUCUGGUGCUUCAUCAGAACAGAGUGAAGACAAACCCAAAAAAUGCCAUAAAUGAGCACUUUUUACCACGUUUUCUGGACUUUGUGGUGUGGGGGCACGAACAUGAAUGCCUUGUGGACCCUCAGGAAGUUCCAGGGAUGGGAUUUCACAUUACACAACCUGGUUCUUCAGUUGCAACAUCUCUGAUUGAUGGAGAAUCAAAGCCAAAGCAUGUGCUACUUUUAGAAAUUAAGGGGAAUCAAUAUCGUCCAACCAAGAUUCCUUUGACGUCAGUGAGGCCUUUUGAGUACACAGAGAUUGUGUUGAAGGACGAACCUGAAAUUGAUCCCAAUGAUCAAAAUUCAAUUCUUGAACACUUAGACAAAGUGGUCCACUCUCUGAUAGAGAAAUGUAGAAAAAAUGUUGUUAGCCAAUCACGGCUCCAACUUCCAUUAGUCCGCAUAAAGGUAGACUAUUCUGGGUUUAUGACAAUAAAUCCUCAAAGAUUUGGACAGAAGUAUGUGGGGAAGGUUGCAAACCCACAAGACAUUCUUAUAUUUUCAAAGGCUUCAACAAAGGGCCGGAGCGAAGCUAAAAUUGAUGAUUCUGAACGGCUUCGCCCUGAAGAAUUAAAUCAGCAAAACAUAGAGGCUUUAGUUGCCGAACACAAUCUGAAAAUGGAGAUCCUUCCUGUCAAUGAUUUGGAUGUUGCAUUACAUAAUUUUGUUAGUAAGGAUGACAAGAUGGCUUUCUAUUCUUGCUUGAAAUACAAUCUUGAAGAAACUCGAAACAAAAUUUCUAAGGAUCCAGACACUGUGACAUUUAAAGAGCAAGAUUUGGUCCUUAAAGUGGGAGAGUGCUUGCAGGAACGUGUCAAGGAAAGGUCUACACACUCUAAGAAUAAUUCUCCAUUCACCUCAACUGCUCCAUCUUGGGAGGAUUUCAGAAGUACAAGUGCUGCAGGAACUGCAAGUGCAGUUUCCUUCAGUGAUGAUGAAGAUACAACACAGAUGACGGGCUUAAAAUCCACUUCUAGAGGCCGCAAGGGCCCAUCCAAGCCGUCUUCUUCAGAAGUUGGCAAAGGUAAAACUUCUACAAGAGGAAGGGGAAGGGGAAGGGGUAGGGGUAGGGGCUCCAGUAACUUGAAGCAGACGACUCUCGAUGCAUCUCUUGGAUUCCGGCAGUCUCAGAGAUCUGCAUCAGUUGCUGCAACUGCUGCUGUCCGAAGUAUUGCUGAUGAUGGGGAUGAUGUGGAUUCUCCUUCAAGUGAAGAGUCAGGGAAAUUUGGAAAUGAUGAGGUGGAUAACAGUUCGGAAAAUGAUGAAAGUCUUCAGAGUAGAGGACGGAAAAGGGCUGCUCCAAGGGGGAGAGGUAGAGGCUCUACACAACCCUCUAAGCGUGGAAAGAAAUCCGAUAACUCUGCAAUUAACCGAAUGUUUAUGAACAAAGAUGAUGAAGAUGACGAUGAUGAGGAUCUGACGAAGAGAAUUAAUAAACCUCUGCCUCGGGUUGUUCUUUCUUUGUUCUAUUUAUUUACCUGUAUUCUUAAAAAUCAAUGUGAAAUAUACUACUGCCAGUUUGAGUAGUUCCGAACAAUUCUAGUUUUUAUUCUUGUGAGAUUUGUAACUGGUCCUGACUUUUUCCUUCUUCCUGUUUUGUAGGUCACAAGAAACUAUGGCAAUCUAAGAAGGUAACAAUCAGUUAAGUUAACCCGUUGCUUUGACAAGGUAGGCCAACUUGAUGUCCUGUUCUCCACCUCAUGUACCUCCAUUCUGGUGCAUAAUGACAUACACAAAGUCAUAGGAGCUAAAUAGUACAGAGCUGGGACGAAGACAAUCCUUUAAUAGAAGCUUAUGCUUGAAGUCUACGGUCAAGCAGUUGACCAUGUUCCUAGCGGUGAGGUGCAGUUGUAGAAUGUAAUUUGAUUGUUGGAAGAGUGAAUGCCCACUUCCUGUUGAUCUUGUGACUGCACUAAUUGGGUUUGAGUGAUGCAUGAUGUGAGGCCGCUUAAAAAAUUUUGGGGUAUUGAAGUUACCAUAGUUUUUUUCAGCGGGUUUCCGAAAUUAGGGUUCUUAAGUAACUUCAGAUGGAAAUCGUUUAAUUGCUAAAUUUGUUUAUCUGUCAAUACUCUUUCAAUAAUAAUAUCCUUGUGGUUAGCGCCA